AUUUGGUUUGUCAUUCGCAACGAAACUCAAUUUUGCCCGCAGGUGGGAGGGUGAUACAAGUCAAGAGUGCUUCGCUGUUUGAAUGUCUGACAAGUAAUAAACUUCUUUUGAGCUCGGUAAAACUUUUCUAGUUGAAAUAUAUCAUCGGAACCGACAGAAAUCACCGGCUUGGUUGUUGUGAAGGACACACCGAGGAGCGCAGUCUUCUGCUCUGUUUGUUUGUGUGGUGGCUUUGGACGCGGAACUUGGUUAACAUGAGUUCUGCCGUGUAUAAUCAUGGUGGCAACGGGCCCCACGAGCAGGUCACCUUCAUGACGAAUGAGCAGAAGGUCGCAUCAAAAAGGAAGACGCAUAUCAUUGUUGGGGUCAUUGUUGCUCUGCUGGUAGUGGCAGCUGUGGUGGGAUUUCUCGUGUGGCUCUUUCUUGUCAGGACUAAAGAAUUGGAAGAUGACUCCACCCUUAAGAAACCGGUCCCGUCCAUGCUGGUUUACAGCGGACAAAUGAAACUACUUAAACCGGAGUACAGCCCGGUUUAUAACAACCCGGAUAGCCCGGAAUUCCAACAGGUGGCAAAGGAUCUGCAGGGAAUUAUGAAUGACACGUUCACCAAAGAUCCAUUCCUUUCCAAAUAUUAUACCAAGUCGGUCAUCACAGCAUUCAGUGACGGAUUGACAGCGUAUCACUGGAGCCAGUUUGACAUCCCUGAGACGGACCUGGAGAUUGCCCCACAGCUGACGGAGGAUCGUGUGAUCGAGGCUCUGCGGAAGAACAUUCGGGCGGGGAGCAGACGCACGGGCACCAUUGCAGUCACUGACACAGACAUCACUGCUUCAACAACAGACCCUCGGAUGGCCCGCGAACCCAAAUCCAAGAAAUGCCUUUUCACUCUUGAGGCUGACACCACCGAAAAGAACUUUGCAUCCCCUGACCACCCCAACAAAUACCCAGCCAACUCCAGAUGCCAGUGGCAGAUUCGGGCUCCUAAGGACCAUGCCAUCCUUGUCAAGUUUAAGACUUUCCACGUGGAGGAUGACUGUAACAAUGACUAUGUGGCCAUCUACAAUUCUCUUAGUCCUGACAGCAGUCGGGCCAUCACAAAGCAGUGUGGACUUCGACCCCCUACGAAUCCUCUAGAGGUGACUUCUUCUGGUAACAUCAUGCUCAUUAAUCUGGUGACAGAUGCUGUCCGGAGGCCAGGAUUCAGAGCGGUUUACGUGGCUAUUCCUGUUAUGACUGCUGGAAGCUGUGGAAAAUCUCUGACCAGUCCUACGGGAAACUUCACCUCUCCUUAUUUUUCCAGUUUCUAUCCUCCAUUAGUGGAUUGCUCCUGGAACAUCAAUGUCGCUGUGGGCAAGAAGAUAAAGGUUGAGUUCAACAUGUUUCGAGUAAAAGAACCAGGGGUGGAUGUUGGCUCCUGCAACAAAGAUUACGUAGAAGUAUCGGGUAAAAAGUAUUGUGGAGAGAGAACUAGAUUUGUGUUGUCUAGCGUCAGCAACAGUUUGGAAGUGAAGUUUCACUCGGAUGAAUCCUUCACAGAUAAGGGAUUCAAAGCCACUUACACGGCAUACGACCCUGUAAACCCAUGUCCUGGUCAGUUUGCUUGUCCUUCGGGUCUCUGCAUCAAGAACGAGCUACGCUGUGAUGGCUGGAAUGAUUGUCAAGAUAUGAGUGAUGAGAAAAACUGCAAGUGUGAAGAGGAGCACUUUGCCUGUAAAAAUGGCCUGUGUAGACCCCAGUACUUUGUUUGUGACAGAGUCAAUGACUGUGGUGAUAAUAGCGAUGAAGAGGGUUGUGAUUGCGGCAGGGCUGAGGCGAGGUGCGGGGACGGAUCCUGUGUCCCACUAGAAGUUGUAUGCGAUGGGAAUCAUGACUGCGCUGAUGGGAGUGAUGAGGUCUCCUGCAAAGGAUCCACUGGUGUCUGCACAGAGUUUUCCUUCAGGUGUACAAAUGGCGAGUGCGUAAACAAAGUGAACGCAGAGUGUGAUCGUGACAGUGACUGCAGCGAUGGGUCCGAUGAGCAGGGAUGCAAUUGCGGAAGCCGACCGUACAAGCACAACCGUAUUGUUGGGGGGCAGAACGCAGAUGUGGGUGAGUGGCCGUGGCAGGUUAGUCUGCACUUUAAGAACCAAGGGCACGUUUGCGGCGCCUCCAUCAUCUCCAACAAAUGGCUCCUGAGCGCUGCGCACUGUUUCAUUCAGCCUGAUGAUGCCUACAAAAUGACAUCUAAUUGGGUGACAUACAGCGGCCUGCGAGACCAGAGCAACCAGGACCCCGGCGUCCAGAUGCGUAAUCUGAAGACCAUCAUCACCCACCCAAAAUAUGACACGGUGACCUCUGAUUAUGACAUCGCCCUGCUGGAACUAAGUCAGCCAUUGAACUUCAGCAACACCGUGCAUCCCAUCUGCCUACCCGCACCCACUCACGUUUUUUCGGCUGGCAGUUCCUGCUUCGUUACGGGCUGGGGAACGAUGCGAGAGGGAGGGGAUGUCGCACAAAUACUACAGAAGGCUGAAGUAAAGGUUAUUAAUGAUACAGUAUGCAACAUGGUGACCGAGGGUCAGGUGACAUCGAGGAUGAUGUGUAGUGGUUACCUCAGCGGAGGUGUGGACGCUUGUCAGGGUGACUCUGGCGGUCCUCUCGUAUGUCGUUCCGAUGUCGGAAAAUGGUUCCAGGCUGGGGUCGUAAGCUGGGGAGAGGGCUGCGCUCGGAGGAACAAGCCUGGCGUCUACACACGGGUCACCAAACUGCGAGACUGGAUCAGCGAAAUCACAUCUUUAUAGUGGACAGUGCAACUGCAGCCAAAGCGCGAGGACGGAAACGUUACAACAACGUGAAAAUAAUAUACCUGAGCGUCCCGUGCACCAAAAAAGACUGAGUGCAGCUUUGGGCAAUAUUUGGUCAAGUUGCGCAAAGCUUACAAGACACUAACUGAUUGAAACGACCGUACGGGCAAAUGGUUUUGACUUUACUUAAUAUGCAUUGCUUUUGUACAUGCACACUUAAAAGUGGAUGAUACAUUUUAAAUGUCAUUUUACAUAUGGGACUACUUUGUUUUAAUGUUUUUAUUUGUUUAAUUAUGAUUUUUCGUAUAAAGCACUUCAAAGCGUUUUAAAGGCAUGUGGAGAUUAUUUCUUGAAUUUUAAUUGUUUUAAAAACAUUUAUCUUAUGAUCACGAUACCGUGCCUUUCUUACAAGGUGGACCCUUUCUUUUCUUAAAAGCAAUGACUCUUGUGUUUCUGGCUUUGGCACCAGCUCCAAUUCCAAGCCUUUUCUUUUUGCUAAGGUGAAAAGCUUCUUUGCAAUCUAGAAAUUUCUGUAAGCAUACAACCCUAGCUGACCUUCUUUUCUUACAACUGUGUGAUCUCGGGACCUCAGUGCAGAAACUCUGAAAUUGAGGAUUAGGUAAAAAUGAGAUAUUUCCAUCAUCCAUUUGCCAAUACAACCAAGGCCAACGUAGGUCACUCACUUCUGCUGAAUGUUAACGUUCCAGCCAAUCAAAGUCAAAGCUGUUGCCUGAAGCUAGCUAGCAGGAUGGUCUCUCCAUCAAAGAGGGCCAAAUGUAUUGAGGAAUCUGUACUGCCAUUUUUUUCAUAGAUGUGAAAAGAUCCUUUCCAAUGGAAAGUCCACUUGCUUGGUAAGAUACUCAGGGUUUGUAGUUUAGUGACUCAAAGCGGAGAUGUUAUUUAUGUACAUAGCAAUAGUUUUAAAGUGUCAAAAUGUUCAGUCCGCUUUAACUGCAGGGACUGUGUGUGGCAGUUUUUAAUUGUUUCGGGUGACUAAUGUUUGUAAAGUGUUUAUACCCCCCCUCCUUGUUAAUUUAGAUGAUUAAAGACUUGUUGGUAUUGUAACACGGUGCAAACGUUUUAAUGUAUUCAGAUUAGAUUUUACAAUGUUUUCUUUGCAAUAAAAUAUAUGCUGGUUAUA